AUGGGCGCCGCGGGGAGCGGCCCCCCGCCGCCCGAGGACGGCUCUCCGGAGCUGCUCAAGGCACCGGGCGCCGGCGUCUUGCCCGAGGCCUCGUGGCUCCGGGGCUGGAAGACCGCCCUGUCCAGCAUCAGCGGGACCCUCCUGGGCCUGGAGCGGGCCUUGGUGGCCAGGGCCCCCCUGAAGCUGGGGCAGGCGGCCGAGGCGGAGCAGCUGCCCCCGCUGCCGGAGAAGGAGGGCUCGGAGAGGCGCCUGCCCCAGUUCAUCUCUCUCUUCUUGCCCGAGUUCCCCAUCCGGCCCCCGGUGGGAGAGCGCCAGCUUAAGAUUCUGGGCUUCGUGGCCAAGGGCUCCUUCGGGACGGUGCUGAAGGUGCUGGACUGCAGGCAAGAGAAGGUCUUUGCGGUCAAGGUCGUGCCGAAGGUGGAGGUGCUGCGCCGGGACAGCCUGCGGCAGUGCAAGGAGGAGGUCAGCAUACAGAAGCAGGUCUGCCACCCGUUCGUGCACUGCUUAGGGGACACCUGGCAAGGCCAGCGCCACCUUUUCAUUAUGUGUUCCUACUGCAGCACCGGAGACCUGCACAGCCUCUGGAAGGCAGUGGGUCGCCUGGCCGAAGCCGUCACCCGCCUCUUCGCCACGGAGCUGGUGCUGGUGCUGGCCUACCUGCACAACCUGGGCAUCGUGCACCGCGAUGUCAAGAUGGAAAACAUCCUCCUGGACGAACAAGGUCACCUGAAGCUGGCCGACUUUGGCCUCUCGCGCCACCUGCCCUGGGGGGACCGGGCUUACACCAUCUGUGGGACCCUCCAGUAUAUGGCCCCGGAAGUGCUGAGCGGCGGUCCGUAUGCCCACUCCGCGGAUUGGUGGUCCAUGGGGGUGCUGCUGUUUGCGCUGGCCACGGGGAAGUUCCCCGCCGCCCCGGAGAAAGACCACGUCGCCAUGCUGGACAGCGUCAAGCGCUGCAGCUACGCCAUCCCGCCCACCCUCAGCCUGGGCCUGCGCCUUCUCCUCAGCGAGCUCCUGUGCCAGGAUCCGCAGCGGCGCCUGCGGCACCUCCACCGCUUCCGCAGCCACCCCUUCUUCCGCGGGAUGACCUUCGAUGCCGAAAUCCUGCGGAAGCGGCCGGUGGAGUUUGUGCUGGGCCUGCAGCGAGCCCAAGACACCCCCCUGGACGCGGCCGUCUUCUCGGACUUCGACUGCGACCUCACGGUCCCCGUGGGCCAGCCGUGCCCGGGCUGAAGCGCCGGGCAGCCCCCGACCGUCACUGUGAGCGGCUCUCAGGAAGGGAGACGGCAAGCUUUCCGGCCACACGCCCUCUCU